UUUAUUUUUAUUCUCAUGAUUUUUGCUUACAUGUAGAAGUUGAUAAGUUAUUAAAACAUAAAUGAACAAGAAAAUUACAAUAUUUUAAGCUAUUCCAAACUGUAUCAAUUCCAAAAGACAUGUCACAGGAUACAGUACCCGAAGAUGUGCAAGCAACUAUACAACAAGAGUACAAAAUCUUAGCAGAAUAUAAGAUGGUGGCAUCGGAAAAAGUGGGCGGCAUAUAUGUCAUACCUUCAUUUGCUAAUUCAUUAUUGUGGUAUGGAGUAAUAUUUGUUAGACAAGGCAUGUAUGAGGAGGGUAUAUUUCGUUUUAACAUAUCACUUCCGGAUAAAUUUCCUGAAGAUAAAACUGUGCCGACAGUUAUUUUCCAAAAUGAAAUGUAUCAUCCGCUGAUAUGUCCCUUUACUGGAACAUUAGAUCUGACCCAAGCCUUUCCAGUGUGGCUUUGUGGUGAAGAUCACAUCUGGCAGCUUUUGAAAUAUUUACAAGCAAUUUUUAUCGAUCCUCUGGAAUGUCUGCGAACGCCAACGAAUAGCCCAAACGGCAAAUGGCCAAACAGUGAAGCUGCUGAAUUAUUGAUGCAAAAUCGAGCCGGGUUUAUAGCCAAAGUUAAGGAAUGUAUUACCAAUAACAAAGAGCAUCUUUAUGAUGAACCACCUACAGACGAUCCUCAUUAUAUAGCGUUUGAACAAUUUAAUGACGAAGUUCAUGGACCCGUUAAACAGCGCAUACGUGAGGGCAAGGAACCAAUAUUGACAAAUACCACAUCAAGUGCAGCGUCUUCUAGUGCAAAAGGUCUUUCAUGGGUGAAAGAGGGGGAAUAUGUUCCCCUGAGCAUGGACUAGUAUAAACUUCUUUUAAUCACCACAAUUAUUUAAUUAAGAAUUGCAUAUAUAUACAAAAGUUCUUUUACUUUACAAAUUUUAUACAAAUGUAUUAACAAAAUGUAAUGUAUCUGACUAUAUAAGCUGAUGUUUUAAAUGUCAAUUAGGCUAUUGUAUUUCCCUGUUAGAGUUUACACCAUAACGUUGUGUACUAGAAAACCAAUUAUUUUGUAAUAAAAGUUUUUUAUCCUUCCACCAAA